AUGAGCUACCGUUUGCACCUUAUAUUCACCCUAUUUAUCAGUGGCAUCUUGGCCACCUACGAUGAGGCGUGUUCACAAGGACCUUCUUUUGAUGGAACAUGUGAUGCGGAUGGUGUUUAUGAUCCGGAUACAAGUGAAUGCUAUUCGCUUGCUUGCUUGUAUCCCACUACAACACCACCGCCAACUACUGAGGCUGCAUCAACGGUAGCUGGAGCCACAACAGCGGCAGGAGCAACAACUGGAGCUGUCACCACUGUGGCAACGACAAUUCAAACGACUACCACUCCCGUUCCUCCCACUACAACGCCAUGUGUUGAUGCGAGUACCAACUGUGUAAACUGGAUCAAGAACGGUUUCUGCACCUCCACUUUCUACACGCUGGCUCAAAAGCAACAGUAUUGCGCAAAGGGUUGCAGCUAUUGCGGAACGUCCACCACAAUAUCCGGUUGUCAGGAUAACGAUGAAAACUGUGCUAAUUUCGCGAAAAACGGUUUCUGCAACUCGACACGUUACACUCUUGAGCAGAAGCAAGCACUUUGCGGAAAUACGUGUGGAAUUUGUCCAUCAACAACCGUCGCGCCAACAGCUCCUGUUUGCGCUGAUAUGGAUGCAAAUUGUCCAACAUGGGUUUCGAAUGGUUUUUGCACAUCAACUGGCUGGACUCUUGCUCAGAAAAAGCUUUUCUGUUCGAUGUCGUGCAAUUUGUGCGUUCAAAUGGUCACCGGCGCUAGUUGUAUCGAUUCGGAUAGCAAUUGUCCCACAUGGAUUUCAAACGGUUUCUGCACGAAUCCUAGCUAUACGACUGAUCAAAAACGAUCGUAUUGUUGUGCGUCGUGCAAUCUUGGAGGA